AUGUCCAUACGGCAGCUGACUGGGAUAAACCAUCGGACGUAUAUGAACUUAGAGGCAUCAUCACUUUCCCCCUGGAAGGACAUGCCCGGAUUUCAUUUUUACACCAUCAGCUAUGACUGGAUGCACAAUUGCUACCUGGGAACUGGUAGAGAUUUGUGCGCUAGCGCCAUCAAAGUCUUAAUUGACUACUGUGGGUUCGGUGGUGGCAGCGAUGCUGGGGGCAUGGACGCUGUACUAACUGAUGUUCACCAACGCAUGCGAGAUGUUUGCGCCCAACACAAGCUUCCUGCCCCACCGAACAUGUAA